AUGGCUAAAUCUGCUGAGGUUGGGGAGAUGCUUAGAGAGCAAGAAAAGAAGUUUAAAAUUAUCGCUGCCAUUAGUGCUCCAACUGUACUAAAGGCGCAUGGUGUUGGAAAAGGCAAAAAUGUCACUUCAUAUCCAGCCAUGGAGAAAGAAAUGUCUGAGUGUGGAGAUUAUAAAUAUAAAAAUGAUGAUGUAGUUGUGGAUGAAUAUUUAAUUACAAGUCGUGGACCUGGUACAUCAUUUAAAUUUGCUUUCACUGUUUUGAAGCAGUUAACAGAUGAUAUGAAGGCAUCUGAAAUUGCAAAACGCACGCUGUGCUUGUAA